AUGACGACUUCGCUGGUUCUGCAUCCACCCUGGGCGGACACCUUAAUGUACGUAUAUGAAAAAAGCCCGAAUGAAAAUAAUCAGAAUAAAAACCAAUCAAUGGAGGGACUAGGCGGGAAUUGCCCUGCUACCCACUGCAGGGAGCUGAUCUCGCACUCAGCGUUGGGACGACACUCCGGCAGCCUCAGCCACCAGGGUUCUGUGUACUCGGACAUACCCUCCCAGGACACAGGGCGACAUUGCCCCGCUACCCAGACUUCCUCUAGCACCACCCUGGGUUAUGGCUACCCGUUCGGAAGCCCUUAUUACGGUUGUCGAUUGUCACACUCUCACAACGUUAACUUGCAGCAGAAGCCAUGCUCUUACCACCAUGCCGAGAAGUAUACAGAACCAAGCGCCGCACUGCCCACGGAAGAGCUGUCAGGCAGGGCAAAGGAGUUCGCCUUUUACCCGAGUUUUGCCAGUUCAUACCAGACUGUCCCAGGUUACUUGGACGUGUCUGUGGUUCCCGGUAUCAGUGCGCACCCGGAACCGAGACAUGAUACUUUGAUUCCCAUGGAUGGAUAUCAGCAUUGGGCUCUAUCUAAUGGCUGGGACGGACAGGUGUACUGUUCUAAAGAGCAAACACAGUCAACACAUCUCUGGAAAUCUCCAUUCCCAGAUGUCGUCUCUUUGCAACCAGAAGUCAGCAGCUACAGACGAGGCCGCAAAAAGCGAGUUCCUUACACCAAGAUCCAGCUGAAGGAACUAGAGAAAGAGUACGCAGCCAGCAAGUUCAUCACCAAAGACAAGAGACGUCGAAUAUCUGCCACUUCUAAUCUCUCCGAACGCCAGGUCACCAUCUGGUUCCAGAACCGGCGGGUGAAGGAGAAAAAAUGUGUCUGUAAAUCUAAAUCAAGCUCUCACAUGCAUGCCACUUGA